AUUUUGCGGAGGCACGCCGUGAACGGACAAGGGGAGAACGAAAUGGCAGGGCGCGGGAAAAGAAAACCAAAAUCUGAACCUCAGAAUGCAGAUUCAGCCAAUGGUGACGCCAAGAAACCGCGUAAAGGACAGGAUGGACAGGACUCUGCUUCCCUUGUUAGUGACGUGUCAGCAGAGGUGAGGGAGGAAGUGGAGCGGCUGUACAAGCUUCGCAUGCCAGACGACUUUUACCACUUCUGGGACUUCUGUAAGCGUCUGUCACCAGAAAGUCCACGGGAUGCCCUGAGAGAGACUCUUGGACUGCAGCUUGUUGGGCCUUUUGACAUUCUCUCUGAAAGGCACAAGUCCUCCUCAAACCCCCAGCCUAACUUCCACCUGCACUGCAGGCACUUCUAUGACCCACCUGAGCUUCAGACCAUACUGCAAGGAAGGGCUGAAACCCAGUACCACAUGGGCUACUUCAGAGAUUCUCCUGAAGCCUUACCAGUUUUUAUUGGAGAAAACGAGGCCAAGAAAGGCUGCUCCAUCACACAGAUGGGAGAUAAUCUCUUUGGAGCUGUUCUAUUGUUCCUGGCAAGGAAGAGGAAGGAGCGAGGUGGUAGGAAGGAUGAAGCUGCCCUGCAGAAUAUGGAGGAGGAGCUGAGAGGGGCGGCAGAGUCUCUGGGGUUCCCUCUGGAGCAGAAAACCAAAGGCAUGAAGCUGAGAGACAAGAAGGUGGUCACAAAGACAUUCCAUGGAGCAGGCAUUGUAGUUCCUGUUGACAAGAAUGACGUUGGAUACAGGGAGUUGCCAGAGACGGACGCUGGACUAAAGAGGAUAUGCAAGGCAAUAGCUGAGGCCAAAAACGAUGAGGAAAGGAUGAAGGCUUUUGCCCCGAUUCAGGAGAUGAUCACUUUUGUCCAGUUUGCUAAUGAUGAGUGUGAUUAUGGUAUGGGCUAUGAGCUGGGAAUUGACCUCUUUUGCUAUGGGUCUCAUUACUUUUACAAAGUGAUCCGUCAACUGUUGCCCAUGGCAUACAACCUUCUGAAGAGGGGUCUCUUUGGGGAGAUUCUGGAAGCCCAUCUUACCAACCGUUCCCAUGACAAACUGGACCAGCUCACGCCGGCCUGAGGGAGAGCCCCGCAAAAUAAAACCAAGCUGAGUGAAUGAAAUGAAAAGAACAGGAUUGUGGUUCUCAUAAGCUGUUGCUGCUAAGUAGUUGUUUGUACGUUGUCCUUAUUGUAAUGGUCAUAUUGUUGUUUUCAAUACUUACAGCUUUUUUUGUUGUUGAUGUUUAAAGGUGGAUCUCUAAUAAAUUGUAUAUUUUUAA